AUGGCUUCCAUAUUUACAUUUGAUCCGGACCCACCAAGACUAUCUUCCCCAUGGUCUAGUUCAAUUGAUAGCCCGGAGGAUCUACCAAAGCUAUUGCGUAACGGAGAUACUUUGCACUCGUCGGCUUCUCUAUCAGACAGGGGACCUUCGAGACUUCGACCAGAGCCUUCUCACGGUCCCGUAGAAUACAAACUACAUUUGCUAUUAAGACCAAGACGACAGUAUAGUAGUUAUUCCACAAGGUCAAAGCUAUCCGAGCCCCAACCUCUACAACAAGGGACAGUCUUAGAUCUAGCUGUUGAUGGCAGCUUUGGAACUAAUCCUUCCCCUUUGUUUCCCUCAUAUCGAAGGCGGCAAUCUCGUCUGGAGGAGCUUACCACUCAACUGCUAUGGCGUUUACAACAAUCAUCUGGUUUUCACUCCACCUCUAUCCGCGAGUCUAUCGUACCCGAACUAUCUGAAACAAAGUAUAAGAAAAUCAUGAGUCCCCACCUUUACACCAAAACUCGGAAACUAGUUGCCGGGCUCGAAGAAAGCCAGGGAUCCUUGUAUGAAAUUGGAGUUUCUGACGACGGGAGUUUUGUGGGACUGACGGAGGAUGAAAUGCGAGAGUCCCUAGGAAACCUUUGCCUCAUCGCAGCGAGUCUUAGCUGUGACGUAUCAGUUACGCGGACGCUAGUUGUUGGCCAGUGCCAAUGGUCUGAAACUCCAGAGCAACUUCGGCUAUAUGAGUCGCACUUAGUCAGAAAUCCAACACAAUCUAGUACGCUCAAGUCAACAAGCAGCAGCCAACUACACCAGGCGCUCCUAUAUGUUGCAGAAGCUUUCAUAUAUCCAGCUCCUGUCACGGGUAGUGCUAAUGCGCAAGUUGUCUCAUCCUCAGAAGCCGACAAUGACUCAAUCGGUUUGCCACAACAAUACACUUCAUUGGAAGCUAAUCUUACGGAAUCCAAGACAACAAACCAGCUAAGAUGUACAUUUAUUGGACCCACAACCUCUGGUAAAUCUAGUCUUAUCGGGACCCUCACCACUGCCUUACUAGAUAAUGGCCGUGGAAAAAUACGACUCAAUUUGCUCAAGCACCGCCACGAAAUAGAGUCUGGAGUAACAAGCUCGGUAGCUCAGGAAGUUGUGGGGUACAAUGGUCUUAAAGUCGUCAACUAUGCGUCGGGAAACGUGAGUUCAUGGGUGGACAUACACUCGUCUGUCCAGGGUGGACGUCUAGUUCUUUGCUCUGAUUGCCCCGGUUACUCGAAGCAUCGUCGUACCAUAGGCCGUGGAUUGAUCGGUUGGGCCCCACACUGGAACUUACUGUGCAUCGCUGCCAGUAAUGGAGAAGAUUUAGAUCAUCAGGGUCUAGAUGUUGGUUAUGCGACCGGCUCAGCCCAGGCGUAUCUAGACCUUUGCCUAAAGCUUGAGAAGCCGCUCGCAGUCAUUGUUACUAAGCUUGACCUCACCUCUAAGAAUAGUCUCAAGGCGACUCUUUCAAAGAUUCUAUCGUCAUUGAAAGCAUUGGGACGUACCCCUUAUAUCAUUCCUCCCGAUCAGCCAAGGCUCUUUAAUGAUGCUGAGCUGACAUCAAUCCCUCACAGUGUUGACAAUUUCGUUCGAAAUAUAAUUGAAAAGAUGAAUGGCAGUGGCUCAAUGACCUCCAUCGUACCUAUUGUCAUGACGAGUUCUGUGAAUGGAACUGGCAUAAGUUCUUUGCAUGCACUAAUGCGCCUCUUACCAAUUUCUUCUGAUCUAAGCUUAAAGAGGCAUCAAAUAUCAAGCCAACAUUUACCCGCGUGUCUUUUUCAUAUCGAGGAUAUAUUCAAAAUGCCAUUAAAUGAUGGACCCUAUGCAAAUACUUCAGAUGCGGGUGUAAUAGUUUCCGGGCAUCUUCAAUGGGGGGAGCUCAAGAUAAAUGACAUUGUAACUAUAGGGCCCUUUUCUAUUGAGCGAGGUGAUUCGAACCGGCAGGUAGUUACAUUAGAAUCAAAAGCUGAUUCAGGUACUUACACGCCCCGAAUGGCCGUCAGAUCUGGGGAGUGGAACCAUGUUCAGAUUGUCAGUUUACGUAAUUUACGCCUUCCCGUCCCCUAUCUAAAAGCUGGGCAAGUCGGCACAAUUGGGUUGCGAUGGAGUCUGCAGGAAGACACUGAAUCGCAGCAUGAGCCAUUCACAAAUAGCUCGGCAGUACUAGCUCCGAAGAUACGAAAAGGUAUGAUUCUAGCUAUUUUAGGGGCAGAAAAAGAUGAAGCGAUCUUUCAUCUGCAUGCGACCAGAAGAUUUACAGCAUUUUUUGGCGACGCCUGUUCCAAGACCCUGAUUGUUGGAAGGCUUGUCAUCGUCUACAUUUCUAGUGUUCGAUCAUCUGCCCGCAUCCUACGAGUAGCGCCGUACGAAAGAGCUAGGUUAAGCGGGGACAGAGGCGAGGAGAUAGGGGAGAUGCUUGUACCGGCACUGGACAGGAAGAAGGCAGACAUUGAAGUGCCUGGCUUUUAUCAAGCUGAAGGCACAAUUAUCACAUUUGAACUUGUGAGACAUCGCGAAUGGAUUCCUCUCGCCUCUCGGGUUAUGAUUAUGCUUGGGGGCAGACGUGGCUCUCAACAUGGCUGGGACGGGAAGGAGAAGAAAGUGGAGAAUCUCGAGAGUUUUGUUGGAACGGUGAUAGAGAUUCAGGAUUGA